UUCCGGGCUCAGCUGGCGCGCUGUCAGAAGCUUCUGGAAGGUGGGGGUCACAGAGAGAUCUGUGUUCACGGCUUGGGCCUGGCCAUCAACCGGGCUAUUAACAUUGCCCUUCAGCUGCAGGCCAGCAGUCAGGGGGCGCUACAGCUGGCAGCCAACACCUCCACAGUGGAGCUUGUGGACGACCUGGAGCCCGAAGAUCCGGAUGAGGCCGGAGAGCCGAUGACGCGUACACGUAACAAUUCAGCCAUUCACAUAAAGGUGUUCUAUCCUGACGCUCAGUGACCAAUCGGGAGGUUUUCUGUGGAUCAGCCUGAGAUUCUCCAUUAGCCCUCAGGCUCUGUUUGUUCCUUCGUUAACCAGUAGAUCACAAACACUGAGUUUAUGUGGAGAGGCACCUUUGCUAUUCUUGUGUUGUAUGCAUUUUUCAGUCUGCAUGCUUUGGAGCAACACUAGUGUGCGCUAUAAUUUAUACAUAUGUGGCUGUGGCAGCUUUUUUUUUUUUUUAUGUGUUUAAUGUUUGUGUGUUCAGGUUUUAAAGAUGCCAAUAAGAAAGCAGCAAACAGGUGUUAUUGUUGUAAAUCUCCACUAGGUGGCAGUAGCAGCUACAAUAAACAUUGCAGGAAGUUGUUACUCUGCAGACUAACUUCUGUAGCUCCAUCACAACAGUGUUUUGUCAAAUUGUUUACAGUGUGAGUUCAGCUGAGGGUCACUGAGACGUAGACUCUGUUUAAAUGUGAUUUGUGUCUCUGAACUGCU